UUUUCAAUUUACACACAGAUACUGCUCUAUCCGGAAGAGGGUUGGGCGCGCACAGCAUCAUCCAGUUAUUGGACCAUCACUCCAUGUUGGUGGCAACCGAAUCGCUGUCGCAUUGAAGAGUUUGCGGGAACACAACGACAUUCGACUAAAGCUAAAAUGGUGCCACUCGAACAGAAAGGCUCACUACUGAUUGCAGGCAAUUUUCGCAGUAACAACAGCAAAAACAGCCCCAACAGCACCAACAACACAAGCCAUACCAACAGCAACAACAGCAACAACAGCAACCACAACAGCAGCAAUGGCAGCAGAAAUAGCAACAGAAAAGACAAAGAUACGGACGAAUUUAAAUUAUAUUUGAGUUCGAACAUUUCGAUGGAAGACUACAACAUGGGCUACUGUCUGACUGGCUUUGUGGAGCGACGUUGCCAACAGACCAACACAUUCCAAAUGACACACUUUGCCGUUAUCAAAAGGCAAUGGCCGUCCAUAAGUAGCAGCGAUGCAAAGUCAACGUAAUUAUAGUGCUAAAAUGAUAAAAUUAAUUAUUUAUAACAUAGUUUGAUAGAGUUAAGAGCAAAUGCUGAAAUCUGCAGAUAGAAUAGAAGUUAAAAUUAAAAAUGUUGAUUGCAAACUUUUAGGCGUUCAAAAAACAAAAUAUCAAAGCGAGUUACAUGUUGCUUCAAUAGCUUUUGCGCUGCCUACGUGCAAUGACAACUUUAGUGAAAUUGCGAAAUAUUUUAAAUAGAUUGCGAUAUUAAAAAACUUUAAAAAAAU